AUGUCAUCUGCAAGCACAAGUGGAUUUGAUCAGUAUAUGACAAUAUUUUCUCCUGAAGGGAGAUUAUUUCAAGUUGAGUACACUUUUAAGGCAAUCAGUCUCGAUGGGCUAACCUCAGUCGGUAUACGAGGAGAAGAUUGUGCUGUUGUUGCUUGCCAGUGCAAAUUACCAGAUAAAUUAAUCGAGCGGGAAUCCGUUUCUCGUCUUUUUUCACUAACUCCACAUACUGGAUGUCUUAUGACAGGGAUGAUGCCGGAUUGUCGGGCUCAGGUCCAUCGCGCUCGUGCUGAAGCAGCCCAUUUCAAAUACAAAUUUGGCUACGAAAUGCCAUGCGAUGUCCUCUUAAAGCGAAUCGGUGAAAUAAAUCAAGUAUAUACUCAAUCGGCUGAAAUGCGUCCUCUCGGAUGUUCUAUGAUGGCUAUCUCCUAUGAUGAAGAACUUGAUUGUGCACAGUUGUAUAAAACUGAUCCCAGUGGUUUUGUUUCUGGCCAUAAAGCCACUGCCAUUGGUACCAAGCAAAUGGAAGCGAAGAACUACUUGGAAAAGAAGUUCAGAAAACAUCAAAGCUACACGUUUGACGAUGCUGUCGAAGCGGCUAUCAGUUGUCUAUCGCAUGUUCUUGCUCUUGAAUUUAAGGCUACAGAACUCGAAAUUGGAGUUGUCUCUAAGAUUGACCCCGUUUUCAGAGCUCUGACCGUUGAAGAAAUUGAUCGUCAUCUUACAAGAAUAGCAGAAAAGGAUUAG